CUGUCUGCAUCCUCUGCUCGGCUCGUCCUUUUAUUCAAAUAUAAGACUGGAAAACGUAAUUUCUACCCAAUACGCGCGCUCCGGCGUGACAUAAUGGAACGUGCCAGGCUAGAAAAGCUCGGGGCGGUGCGCGCGGGCGUGUAUUCAGAUCCUGUAGGAGAGGAGAAGAGCGACACGGGGUGUUCACACAAGUGUUGCAAGUGUUGUAUUCAUUUUAAGAGCAGAUCAUUCCCGGCGCGGUUCGUCUCUGUGAGGUUAUGGGCAGGACACAGUUCUGAGGGAGUGUCGAGCAGCGCCACUUGUCAUUGUACCCACGGAAAUAAUGAUGAAGAAGGAUAUUAACUUGAGCUUGGCGGACGACGCAGACCUGAAACCGCACCUCCGCGACGCUGAGAGCAUCCUCAGCUCCCCGGACCUUGGGCUGCUCAAGCUGGCCUCUCCAGAGCUGGAAAGGCUAAUCAUCCAGUCCAACGGAAUGGUCACCACGACUCCGACCAGCUCCCAGUUCCUCUACCCGAAGACGGUGACGGACGAGCAGGAGUUCGCCGAGGGCUUCGUGAAGGCGCUGGAGGAUUUACACAAGCAGAACCAGCUGAACGGAGGCGCGCCGCCCAGCAGCACCCUGGAUCUCGGGGCUAACAUCGCCCCAGUCACCGUGCAGCCGGAUCUACCGGUGUACACGAACCUGAACAGUUACGGCAGUGGGCCGCUGGGAACCACUGUCAACUACACCACGGACACGGUCCCUUUCCCGCCUCCUCCGUCACAUCAUUUAGGGGCAGCCCCGCCGCAGCCAGAGCUGUCUCGGGUCCAGCCGCUGAAGGAGGAGCCUCAGACGGUCCCCGACGUUCAGAGCUUCGGAGAGAGCCCGCCGCUGUCUCCGAUCGACAUGGACUCUCAGGAGCGCAUCAAAGCCGAGAGGAAGAGGCUCAGGAACCGAAUCGCAGCCUCCAAGUGUCGGAGGCGCAAACUGGAGCGCAUCUCCAGGCUGGAGGACAAGGUCAAAUCGCUGAAAACCCAAAACACCGACCUGGCCUCGACAGCUAGCCUGCUGAGGGAGCAAGUGGCCCAACUGAAGCAGAAGGUGCUCACCCAUGUGAACAGCGGUUGCCAGCUGCUGCCACACGAGGUUCAAGUGCACUAGUCGGAGGGACUAACCUGCUGUUGGGCCACUGACCAGUUUAUAAGCUCCUUGGACUUUGUUAAUGUUGGGGUUUCCGUGUGUGUCGUAGCCCAGAUGUGUGCCGUUACGCGCAGGGGAUGAAUGCCAGGCCACGUAGGCCAAAACUGUACAUUCAUGUUCGUCUGUUUAACAAAAAAAUCGAAAAGAAAACUGAACUUUUAUGAUUGGUCAAACGUAAAACACACCUGGCACAAAAUACAUCAACACAUGGACCUCAGCGCGGAUACCAGCCAGCAGCAAGUCAAACUGUGUUUGCGUUCCUCGACCAUUUGUUCAAACUCGCCCCCACUUUGCGAAUAGAACAAAUCAAUAUGAUGUAUUUGCUUUUUAAGUCAAAUUGGUGUAUUUAUUUUGGUGCCGAAAUGAAGGGCAUUUGCCUCUAAUAUAUUCUACAUAACUAAUUCUAUGUAUGUUUACUGUUGAACAAGGCAGCUUUAAACUGCCAGUAUUUUCAAUGAAAUGAUGCCAUGGGCUUUCCUAAUGGGAGAAAGAGUCGCGUAUACGUGUUUACUGACUGCUUAUAUGCAGUCGUCAGCUGGACCAAACAGACAGACAGUGUUUCUACGAUAAUAUACACAUUUAUGAUUCUGAUAUUCUUAAAAUAUGAGGGAUUUGGUUGUAAAAAGAAGAAGGGAAAACGCCAACCACACCCAUAUUUGAUACAUGAGAUCUGAUCUACACUUAUAGCCUACAUGCUGUGUAUUUCUGUAGGGAACAAUUUGCAUGUUGCUGACAAACUCGAAUGUUGCCCGCUGCUGGGUUCACAUGAGGAAUUAAUCAGUGUCUAUUAUCUGUAACCUUUCUUUUUUUAAUACUCUACUGAGUCUUUACUGCAAAUGUGUUCUUGUUUUAAAUGUGAAGAAGAGUGUAAUCUUUCUGUUUGCGCUGACUGUUGCGAUCACCUCUAGCCUACAGUUAUUCGGCUUUAUGCGGUUGUGUUUGAAAUAAAUGCUGCUGGGCAAUAAACACUGUUUCCUCCAUAUUUUA